AUGGCCGAACCCGUGGUCGUCCAGCUCCUCGCCGGCCUCAACUGCACGUCGGCCACCCACCUCAUCGUCGGCUCCAACCCCUCGCCGGUGCCCGCUGCGCCCACGCGAUUUCAAGACGACGACCUCUUUUCCUUGGGCCGUGAAGAGGUCGGCCGCGUGGUGGAUGCCGUCUUCGUCACCGUCGGCCCGCGCAAUCCACUGAGCUCCCACAUCUCCGCCCUUUGCAAACGCAACCGCAUCCCCAUCAACGUCCUCGCCUCCCGCAUCCGCCGCGAAGUCGCUGCCGCCCUACCCCGCGACCUCGGCGCCGCCUGCACCCGCCUCGGCGACCUCCGCCGCCGCAUCCACGCCGAAGACAAGCUGUCCGGCCCCGCCACCACCCCCGCCGCCCACGCCACCCACACCGAGGAAGAAGGGCUCGACGACUCCCUCGACCAGUCCGCCACCUUCAACAAACUCGUCACCGACGCCGACCUCGACGCCGCCCGCACCCGCAGGAUCCGCUGGCUCUCCCAGGUCUGCGAAUACUGGCCCCUCAAGAAACUCGCCGCCAUCACCGACGCCGACGUCGACGCCGUCCUCGCCUCCUAUCACCCUUCUUCUUCCGUCCCACCUUCCGCAGCCGGCUCCCCCUCCGCCGAACCCUCUUCCUUCCUCAGCUCGCAGACCCACGCCACUACCGGCAACCAACCCCGCAGCACCACACCAUCCCCCGCCCCCAACGCGGCGGCACCCUCAUCCUCGCCGGCAGCGGCCCCGGCCACCCCGACCUCCUCACCCGCGCCACCCACAAGGCCAUCCAAGCCGCCCACCUCAUCCUCGCCGACAAGCUCGUGCCCUCCCCGUGCUCGACCUCAUCCCCGCCGUACCCCCGUCCACAUCGCCCGCAAGUUCCCCGGCAACGCCGACCACGCCCAGCAGGAACUCCUCGACAUGGCCCUCGCCGGCGUCCGCGACGGCAAGACCGUCCUCCGCCUCAAGCAGGGCGACCCGUUCAUCUACGGCCGCGGCGGCGAGGAGGUCGACUUCUUCAACCGCCAGGGGCUCGCCGAUAGGGUCCACGUCCUGCCCGGCAUCACCAGCGCCCUCAGCGCCCCGCUGUUCGCCGGCAUCCCCGCCACCCAGCGCGACGUCUCCGACCAGUACGUGCCCACCCGCACCGUCGUCUUCCUCAUGGCUCUCCACCGCAUCUCUGGCCUCGUGCAGGAACUUACCACCCACGCCCCCGAAACCGAGGCGGCUGCCGCUGCCGCUGCCGAGGGUGUCGAUGGCAGCCCCGCCAAGCUUUCGGGUCGUGCCUUGUGGCCGCGCGACACGCCCUGCGCCGUCAUCGAGAGGGCUAGCUGCGCCGACCAGCGCAUCAUCCGCACCACCCUCGGCUUCGUCGCCCAGGCUAUUGAGGAGGAGGAGCAGACCCCGGGUCUUCUCGUCGUCGGCAAGGCGUGCGAGGCGCUGUUCACGUUGGAGAAGGGCAGGUGUUGGGUCACGCAAGAAGGAUUCAAGGGCUUAGAUCUGGAUGACUUGAUUUCUCUCUAA